AGAUCCUAACCGUCGAUGCCACCCAUCGGGCUCCUGGAUCCGACGGCUCAGAAUGCCAGCCAGCCAGCCAGCCACACGGGUCGCCCACCAACGCUCCCCGUACGAGCGGGCGCAGCGGAUCCCAGCUCGGCCACACCACCCCGCUGGCUGCUGCUCAUGAUAAAGAGGCGGCCUCCUCCCCCUCCUCCUCCUCGCGCUGCUUUGCUUUGCUUGCUUGCUUGUCCGUUGUCGCAGAGCUCGGGGAGAGAGAUGCCAAUGGAGAGGUCGGUGUCGUGCGCGGAGAGGGGGAGCAAGUACGGCGGAGGGGCGGGGAUGGACGUGCGGAGCUACAGCGCGUCGUACGCGCGGCCGCAGCCGCCGCGGUCGUCGUCGACCAGGGUGCAGCGCGCCAGGAGCGUGAGCGCGUGGGCGCGCCCGGCGCCGCCGCCCGUGCAGAGGACCGGGAGCGCCAAGACCGGCGUCGCCACGGCCGGUCGCCCCACCUUGGGGCUCAACCUGCGCUCCUACAGCGCCUCCUACGCGGCUUCCUACGGGCCCACCCUGCAGGUCGACGGCGGCGACGGCGCCGGCGCCGGCCAGGGCCAGCUCAAGCGCUCCGGCAGCGUCACCAACUGGACCUCCGCCAACCGCCGCUCCGUCAACCUCAGAGGGUACACCCCGUCCUUCGCCGCGCUGGACGACACCGCCGCCGCCGUCCCGGCGCCCAGGAAGGCGCAGGACGGCGCCGAGCUGCAGCGGAGGAAGCGGCUCGUCGUCUACAAGACGUACGACGUCGAGGGGAAGGUCCGGGAGUCGGUGCGCCGCAGCGUCAACUGGAUCAAGGGCAAGUGCUCCGGCAUGGUGUACGGCUGGUGGUGAUCGCGUCGCGCUACCUCCACCGUCGGCCGGCCGUCCUCGCCGCGCGCCAUGCCCGCCGCCACUGGUCUGUCCAUCAGAGUGGUACUACUACUACGUAUAUGAGUAUGAGUUGAGCGUUUCUUGGUGUAUGCUGUCAUCAGACAUCACCCGUAGACUCUCCUCCGAUCUUUUUUUUUUCCAUCUCCCUUGAUCUUUUUUGUUCUUGGAUGGAGUUAGGAAUUUUUUUAGGUUUACUACUUUUAGGAGAUGGAUGGAUUUGGUGGCAUGUAGCAUGAGCAGUGAAGCUUCUCUUGGUGAUUUGUGAGAGGGGGGUGGGUGGUGGUGACAUGGUUGUUGGGUUGGGGAUGAGAAAAUCCCAAGAGAAUGCUUCAGGCUGUGUGGUGUCUUACUCCUUUGUACAGAUAUAUCAUGCAUCUUUCCAGUCUACUAGUAUCUGGUCUAUGUAAAUUUAGAUGCUGUAUGUAUAUAUGUAUAUAUAGAGAAUAAGAUUUCUGUAAAUUACUACUACUCCUACAGGUAAUUUGCACCAUUCUCUUUCUUCUGUUA